CGCACACACCCACACACACACACACACACACACACACACACACAGAUACGCCAUAAGCGCGAUCAGACGUCCUCAUCAACAACUCAUUUCAGGUGAAAACCUCCUACAAUGGAGACCAGCAAGAUCCUCUCGUCUGAUAAAGCUACAGUGGUCAUCCAGGUGAAUCCACAGGUGACUCAGCAUAUUGUGAGUGGAGACGAUGGACAGGAGAGCCGAGGAGCACACCGCAGUACGGCUCUGACUGGGUUCUCCAAAGCACAACCGAAGGCACUGGGGACUGUCCAGAUAAUGAUUGGAGUGGUGGUUUUUUCAUUGGGUAUCAUACAAACCAUUAUCUACAAUUACCCAAGUAUGUCUGUCGUCAGUGGCAUCACCUACUGGGGAUCCCUUAUUUUCAUCAGUGCUGGAUCUCUGUCUGUUGCUGCACAGAAUAAACUUCAUCUGUGUGUGGUAAAAGCCUCUCUUAUAAUGAAUGUGAUCAGUGCCAUAACUGCAGCGACCACCAUUGCUCUGAUGUCCAUAGAGAUGGCAAUUAAGAUUUCCGAUCUAAGGCGGAGCUAUGACGAUGAUUAUUAUUACUAUAAUUUGAAGGAAUAUGAUCUGGGGAUCGUUGGACUAAUGCUGGUGUUAUCCAUUACUCAGUUCAUCAUCUCCAUCUGUGUCUCAGCAUUCGCCUGCAAAGCCUCCUAUAACUCAGACUCUACAGUGAUCAAUGUGGCACUAAACCAGGGAUACUAAAUCACAGAGAGGAGAUCCUGCCAGACAAAGUUUGAGAGGAAUUAAUAUCUCAUAUUGUUGCAUCUGAUGAAUAUUAUUAGAAAAUGUUGAAUAAAAAAAUUAAAGUACUCCAAAUGAA